CGCCUAUGAUGGGGGAACUGGCAGCAGUUGGCGGUUCGCUUUACUGACCGGCUUCUUGCCGGUGGGUGGAGCAGGGAUCAUAAGAGGCUCGACAAAUAAGAGAGCUCCGGGACUCCGACACAAGACUCCGACACCCAACGUGGCUCCUGCUGCACGAUAAGAAAACACGGUGCUGACGAUUUGACAGUCAGGAUUGUCAGAGAUUAACACAUUCCCAGUGCAGUCAGCGGAGAGCCUCAGGAGCGGCCUUUCUCUAUAUUGUCAACAUGACUGAGACCAAAGGGAAAUUUGACUUUGCCAUUGACCGGGGUGGCACCUUCACCGAUGUGUUUGCCCGUUUGCCGGAUGGACGGGAGAGGGUGCUCAAGUUGCUGUCCUGGGACCCCCAGAACUACAAAGACGCUCCCACUGAGGGGAUUCGCAGAGUGCUAGAGGAGGAAACAGGGAAGGUUUUUCCGCGGGACAAGCCUGUAGACACUUCUCUGAUUGGCUGGAUCAGAAUGGGCACGACGGUGGCAACCAAUGCGUUGCUGGAGAGGGAAGGAGAGAGGACCGCUCUCCUUGUCACAAAGGGCUUUAAGGACCUGCUGCACAUUGGGACGCAGGCCAGGCCAAAGCUUUUCGACUUGGAGGUGUCAAUGCCUGAAGUGUUGUAUGAGGAGGUAAUAGAGGUGGAUGAGCGCAUUGUCCUCAGGCAAGACAGCUGCCAGCUGCCCAGGAAAGAUCCUAAACGUAUUGUCACAGGCAGCACAGGGGACUCUCUGGAGGUGUGGAGGGAGUUGGAUCUGGAGCGUGUGGAGAAAGACCUGAGAGGAGUUCUGUCCCGCGGCAUCACCAGCCUCGCUGUCCUUCUGCUGCACUCGUACACAUGGUCCGAGCAUGAGAAAGCAGUGGGUUCUCUGGCGCGUCGCCUAGGCUUCACCCAGGUGUCUCUGUCCAGCGAGGUGAUGCCCAUGGUGCGGGCGGUGCCUCGUGGUUACACCGUGUGUGCCGACGCCUACCUCACACCAAAGAUUCGUCAGUAUUUAAAAGGCUUCACCUCUGGCUUCAAAGGCGGCCUGAAGGAUGUAGACGUGCUCUUCAUGCAGUCGGACGGGGGUUUGACUCCCAUGGAGCAGUUCUGCGGCUCACGGGCCAUUCUGUCUGGGCCGGCGGGGGGAGUGGUGGGUUACGCCAUCACAUCGUAUAGCGAGAUGGAGAAGAAGCCCGUCAUCGGCUUCGAUAUGGGCGGGACGUCCACAGAUGUGAGUCGAUACGCGGGACAGUAUGAGCAUGUGUUCGAGGCGACCACAGCUGGCGUCACCCUCCAAGCCCCUCAGCUGGAUAUCAACACUGUGGCUGCAGGCGGAGGCUCGCGGCUCUUCUUCAGGUCAGGGAUGUUUGUGGUUGGGCCAGAGUCUGCAGGCGCACACCCAGGACCGGCCUGCUACAGAAAAGGCGGCCCUCUGACUGUGACGGAUGCCAACUUAGCCCUGGGUCGUCUUCUCCCCUCCUUCUUUCCAAAAAUCUUUGGGCCUGGGGAAAAUGAGCCCCUGUCCCUGGAGGAAACCAUGAAGCAUUUCCAUCGUCUCACCCAGGAGAUCAAUCACUUUUUGUCCUCUAACCAGUCGAAGGCUGGCAUCAAUGGGGCUGACCACUUGCACAACAGCACAGUGCCAGGCAGCAAAUCAGAGAUGAGUGUGGAGGAGGUUGCCAUAGGGUUCAUUCGUGUUGCUAAUGAGGCCAUGUGCAGGCCAAUCAGAGCUCUAACACAGGCCAAAGGCCAUGAUACGUCUCAACAUGUGUUGGCAUGUUUUGGUGGCGCAGGUGGGCAGCACGCCUGUGCUAUUGCACGAGCCCUUGGGAUGAAGACCGUCUUCAUUCAUAAGUACAGCGGCGUGCUGUCGGCCUACGGUCUGGCUCUGGCUGAUGUGGUGGAGGAGGUGCAGGAGCCGUGCUCCCUGCAGUACGAGCAGCGCUCCUUCAGCCAGCUGAACCACAGGGUGGACCUGCUGACACAACGCUGCUGCGACACACUCCGCGCCCGCGGCUUCACCAGUGCCCAGAUCACCACUGAGGUUUUCUUCCACCUGCGUUACGAGGGCACCGACUGCGCUCUCAUGGUGAGUGCCAGCGGUUACCCUGGCAACGCCCAGUCCUGUCGAGCUGGUGACUUCCGCAGUGCCUUCACCAAACGCUAUCUGAAGGAGUUUGGCUUCACCAUCCCAGACAGAGCCAUUAUGGUAGAUGAUAUCAGGGUGAGGGGUUCUGGGAAAUCUGGCAUCCAAUCAGCCUGCAAACCCAAUCUGAAGCACGGCCAUGCCAAACCUGUCACGAUGACCAGGUGUUACUUUGAAGACGGUUACCUGGACACCAGUGUGUACCUGUGGGAGGAGCUGCCACAUGGUCACGUCGUACAGGGACCAGCCAUCAUCAUCGACAAGAACAGCACCAUCCUGGUGGAGCCGUGCUGUGAGGCCCGUCUGACAGAAGGGGGCGAUGUGUGCAUUGCGGUGGGCUCAGACCCCCACUGCGCCCUGGGCACUGAACUUAACACCGUGCAGCUCUCCAUCUUCUCCCACCGCUUCAUGAGCAUAGCAGAACAGAUGGGCCGGGUUCUCCAGAGAACCUCCAUCUCCACCAACAUUAAGGAGCGUCUUGACUUCUCCUGUGCGGUGUUCGGUCCAGACGGGGGACUGGUGUCCAAUGCACCCCACAUCCCUGUCCACCUGGGGGCCAUGCAGGAGACUGUCCAGUACCAGAUCAGAUCACUGGGGAAUAAUUUGAAAGAAGGGGAUGUGAUUCUGAGCAACCACCCGUGUGCUGGGGGCAGCCACCUUCCUGACCUCACCGUCAUCACACCGGUAUUCAGAAAAGGGGUGAGCAGUCCAGUGUUCUUUGUGGCCAGCAGGGGGCACCAUGCUGACAUCGGAGGCAUUACGCCUGGAUCCAUGCCACCCCACUCCACCUCCCUUCAGCAGGAGGGGGCUGUCUUCACUUCCUUUAAACUGGUCACUGGCGGCGUCUUCCAGGAAGAGGCUGUAACUGAAGCCCUCAUGGCUCCGGCCCAGUACCCAGACUGCUCAGGGACUCGUAAUCUCCAUGACAACCUGUCAGACCUACGGGCUCAGGUGGCAGCCAAUCAGAGGGGCAGCCAGCUGGUGGAGGAGUUGAUUGACAGCUACGGGCUGGCUGUGGUCCAGGCCUACAUGGGCUACAUUCAGAGUAAUGCCGAGCUGGCGGUGAGGGACAUGCUGAAAGCGUUUGCGCAUCGUCGACGGCAACAGACUGGCUCUUUGGAGGUGGAGUCAGAGGAUUUCAUGGAUGACGGGACACCAAUCAGAUUGCGAGUUCAGAUCAAUGAAGAAGAGGGCAGUGCAGUGUUUGACUUCACCGGGACGGGGACAGAGGUGUGGGGGAACUGUAACGCUCCACGAGCCAUCACCCUCUCUGCCCUCAUCUACUGCCUGCGCUGCAUGGUCGGGCAGGACAUCCCACUCAACCAGGGCUGUCUUGCACCGAUCAAAGUCAUCAUCCCCCCUGGCUCCAUCCUCCAGCCUUCCCACAAUGCAGCAGUGGUGGGAGGUAACGUACUCACGUCGCAGAGAGUGGUUGACGUCAUCUUUCGGGCUUUUGACGUGUGCGCUGCCUCACAGGGCUGCAUGAACAACAUCUCAUUUGGCAGUGUGAAAAGUGGUUACUAUGAGACGGUUGCCGGGGGAGCGGGGGCGGGGCCAGGCUGGAAUGGGCGGAGUGGAGUUCACAGUCACAUGACCAACACGCGCAUCACUGACCCGGAGAUUCUCGAGAAGAGGUAUCCAGUGAUUUUAGAGCAGUUCUCUCUGCGGCCCAGCUCAGGAGGUGCUGGGAAAUACAAUGGAGGUGAUGGCGUGAUCCGGAAACUUCUGUUCAGGGAAAAAGUGGUUCUGUCUGUGCUGACGGAGAGACGCUCUACCCGCCCCUACGGCCUCAUGGGUGGUGAAAGUGGUGCAGCGGGGCUGAACCAGCUCCACAGAGCAGACGGCAGAGUCAUCAACCUGGGAGCCAAGACCUCCGUCACUCUGCAGCCAGGGGACAUGUUUAGCCUCUACACCCCUGGAGGAGGGGGAUAUGGACAGGAAGAUGAAGCCAACAAAAGACCCCAGACCAAGCGCAGGCGCUUGAAUGAGACUUUCCCUGAGAGAGGCAGCGUGUUUGAGUACCGAAUGGCACAAGAGGGUGUGUGAAAGCAUGUAAAAGAGAAAGGGAGAGUUGAAGGUCAAGUCUGGGAAGGAGAAGGAUAACAGGAGCAUGAGGAGACUGUGAGUGAGAUGAGGGAGACAGAGCUGUAUGUGAAGGCACUCACUCACACAGAUUGAGAGAUUAUUUAAAAUGAUCAUAGAGAGAGAAACUUGACAUCAUUUUAAGCUGUAAAAGACGCACAUGUUAAAGUUAGAAGAAAAAAAACAACAGUUACACAUCUAGAUGAAGGCUAGGAACUUGUGUCCACCACUGGGACAAAUCAGGUUUUCAAAAUAAUAGUUUUUAAAUUUGUGUAAUUGAAAAGGUAAUAAUGUUGCAGAGAGAAAAUGAAUUUAACACGACUAAAUGGAUUCUAUUAUGACGACAUCACAACACUAAGGCACCAUUUGCACCAGCAGGACAAAUAACCAUCCUAAAUGUAGCAUCAUUUAGAUUUGUGUGCCAAGGCAGAGACACGUCAAAACAUGUUGUUCAAACUUUUAGUGUGAACAACAUGUUUGAACUAAAGCCACAACUUCAUAGUGCGGUUGCUACUUGUACUUGACGGACUAAUACAUGUAUGCUCUUUAUUUUUAUAGGCCAAAAAAAUAAAACACAUUCCUAUUAUGGGAGGCUAUUGUUUGUUUUAUUCAAAAUCAAAUAUUUCAUAUGUAAUAUUAGUUUCAACUCACAAUUGCACAUCAUCAAAACCUGUCGGAGGCCAUUAUGUAUCAUUUGUGUGAAAACAUGACAUUUAUUACCACCCUUACCACUGGAGACACAGAGGAAUUUCUGAGAAUAAUAGAUGUUAAGAUAGAAUCCAGCAGGGCUGUGUGUGUGUGUGUGUGUGUGUGUGUGUGUGUGUGUGUGUGUGUGGGUUGGGGGAAGGGGAGGUUCUGUCCAGGGGGUGUCUCCUCCUCCCAUGUUUGGAUCAGGGAUGAUCAGGGGGAAGAGGAGGAAGGAGGGUGAGGGAGUGCAGGCAUGCGUAGGCGGCUGAUAAAGAGAUAGUGGCCCCUGCAGGAGAAGCAGCAGGAGGCUGAUGGCCACUGACGGUUGAUGUAAAUCAGCUGUGUAGGUGAGUGAGUGUGUGUGUGAGUGUGUGUGUGAGUGUGUGUGUGUGCGCGUGUGUGUGUAUGGAUGCACGCAUCUCUGCUGGGACCCCAGUGCAGGAACCAUGGACUGUGGAUCAAAACACAGUAUCCUCACGAUUCCUGUGGUAAAAUAACUUUAUCACACUUAAAGGAUUUGAAACUCAACCCCCUGGUGUUCCCUGAAGCCGCGCCUCCACUUUUAUCUGCCGGCUUAUCAGCAUUAGGCUUUAGGAAUUUAUACUCUCAAUAUGGAAAAGGCCGCAGUGCAAGCUGGAAAUAGCUGUGUAACCAAAGACAGUCUUGACGCAUGAAAUAAUAUACCUACAGUUUGUUUUGUAUUCUUAAUUAAACAUAAGUCUUCAAACCACAAAUGACUACAUUAAUUUAUAAAUAAGAGUUGGUAACAUCAGGACAGCAUGUCAUUAGUGAGGCUGUACAUGACAAAUUGAGACAGUCUAUACUUGUAGAAGGUCAUUAAGACAGAAAAUAGUUAUGGCUUAAAAGCAUAUAUAAUGUUAUACCCACAACUCUCUGUCACUUGGGCAGUUUUGCACAAAAGCAUAAACUUGAGCAGGCAAACAUCAAGGAAAAUCAGUUUCUCCAGUAUUUAUUAUAUAAAUAAGUGAAAAUAACAUUAACAAUGCAAAUUUCCUAUACUAAUACUAAUAAUUGGUAAAUUAUGUUGUUUAAUUGUUUGAGGUGGAUUGUCUCAUCCUGAAAGCAAUAAAUGCAACAC